UCUUCCUUCUCUUUUCUCUAUCCGCUAAGUUUCCUCUCCCACUUGUAUGCUCUUAGAAACCGCCUUCCCCUCAUCCGUACAGAGCACCGCCGCCGCCGUCGUCGUCUCCACCGGAUCAUGCGGAGCAGCACCGCCGUCACCAACGAAUCCGCCGCCGCCGAGACCGGCGGUGGCUGUCCUGGUGAGAUCAUGUUGUUUGGUGUAAGAGUGGUGGUGGAUUCCAUGAGGAAGAGUGUGAGUUUGAACAAUCUGUCGCAGUACGAGCAGCCUCAUGAGGCCGCCAAUGUAAUCGCCAACGAGAACAAGAACGACGUCGUUUCCGUCAAUAACAAAGACGAUGUUGCCGCUGGAUAUGCCUCUGCAGAUGAUGCUGUUCCCAACGCCCGUGGGAACCGCGAACGUGAGCGCAAGCGAGGUGUGCCGUGGACUGAGGAAGAGCACAAACUGUUUUUAAUUGGAUUACAAAGAGUGGGGAAGGGGGAUUGGAGAGGAAUUUCAAGGAAUUUCGUCAAGACCCGCACCCCAACACAGGUCGCUAGCCACGCGCAGAAAUACUUUCUUCGCCGGAGUAACCUAAAUCGCCGUCGCCGUAGAUCUAGUCUCUUCGAUAUCACGACGGACACGGUCACGGCUGAGCCAAUGGUUGAAGAGCCGGUGCAGCAUCAAGAAAUUUCCUCUCAAUCUCAUUCCUUUACUCCAUCAGCCCUGCCUGAAAUUUCCCAGAACAAUGUAAUUCCAAUGGUGCAAACUCUGCCACUUACAAUUGGGCCAACACCAUUAGCCACACCAACCAAGAAUCUGAUGGAAAAGUGUGGUCCUGGAGAAGUAAACACAGAAAAUGAUGGAUCACUGAGGCUUGGCCUCACGGAUUCCAUCUUUUCCUCCAAUCAAACUCCAAACUCAACUGAUUUGAACUUAAAUUCAAACUCAAUAAUGGAGCCAUCAGCCUUAUCUCUUCGCCUUUCCUUAACAUCUGACCACAGGGAGGCCUCAUCAAGGCACUCAACUUUCCAGGCCAUGCCAAGUUUCAAUAACGGCGAGGGAAUCAUAAGUGUUGCUUAACGAUGAUUCACAGAUCUGGGGAAGUAAAUUGAGAAUUAGAGAGAAUGGGGGGCCAGAGACGACAGAAGUUUAUUAGGUGACUAAAUCUGAUCCUAUCCUGUGCAGACCCGGAAAAGGGGUUGCCUUGCUUCACUUCAUGUUUUUGAUGGCAUCUAUGUAAUCUAGAUUCUUGAUGAUUUUCGCUGUUGUUGUCGGUAGGUGGUACUGGUACUGACUGAAUAAUGACACUAUUCUGUGUGUGUGUGUGUUAGAAAAAAUGACUGUAUUUGAUGGGUCUCGUCUGGUUGUGUUGUGGGUUUUGGUUAUAGUUUGAAGGAAAGAAUAUCCAAGUUGGAUAAAUGGGUGGUGGUUUCCAUGCCAUGAAUGUGAAAGGGGGAUGAGGCAAAAUUCCCCUGUUUCUCUAUGUAUGUAGCUGCCAUUAAUUUUUGUCAACGUUUGGAAGGAAUCGAUUUGAUCCACAUCCAUAUCCACAGUGAUUGAUGGCUGUCCUAUGUCUCGAAUCUAUGAUAUUUUGGGGGUUUCAGGGCCUUGUAUUCUAUAUCUGGUCUGCCUGGCUUCCCUUCAUCUUAUCUUACAAAACCCUCCUAUGUAAAAAUCUGUGCAAUAUAACUUUUUAAGUUUUGUCA